CGCAGUAACUCAGCUGAACUCACCUCUGUCAACAUGUCCUACGGCUGCUACUCUGGAAACUACUCCUCCAGCUCCCUCGGGAGCUGCCUGCAGUACCCAGGAUCCUUCUGUGGUUCUUCCUACCCCAGCAACCAGGCUUGUGCCUCUGGCUUUGGACCUUCCAGCACAUGUCAAAUGGGACCCUCCCUCUAUAGCUGCCAGGAAACAUGCACCAAACCCGUCCGAUUCCAGGCCUCCUGCGGGAUGCCAAUCUCCAGCCAGUCUGCUUGCUGUCGCCCAAGACCAUCCACCUUCUGUGGUCCCUGCCAGCCAGGCUUCAGUAGCUGUGGCUCCGGCAGCAGCUGCUCCGGUUAUGGAUCUGGAAGCUCCUACACGAUGGGAUGUGGUACCAGUGGCUUCAAACCUUGUGGAGGCAGUGGCUUCCCUUCAAUGAGCUGUGGCUCUGGAUUCAGCCGUCCAUCCUACCUGCCAUCUAAGCCCUGCCAGUCUUCUUGCUAUAGACCAACUUGUGGCUUCUAA